GGCUGGAGGAAUUGGAAAAUAAGGAGUUGGAAAGUGGUUUCGUUUUCUCCGUCUAACCUUGGACUUGAAAGAACAAUUAACAAAACAGAGGCUGAUCCGACAGAAAUAAUGGAUAAAGAAACCCUCACCACUGAGAGGGAAGAGACGAUGGAGGACCAAGAAAACUAUGGAGAAGGAGACACAGUAGAUGCAAAACCUGACCGCAAAGGGAGAUUUCUGCUUUUUGGCAGUAAGAAGAAGGAUGGCAAGUUGCAGGAAAAAGAGCAAUCUUCUGAAAGCCAUUACAGGAUUGUUUCACCAACAUUCCAGUAUAAGAUGAGCCACCAGCGCGUUGGCAAGUGCAUCAUCAUCAACAACAAGAACUUCGAUGAAAAGACAGGGAUGAAUGUACGCAAUGGCACAGAUCGCGAUGCUGAAGAGCUGUCCAAGUGCUUUAAAAACUUGGGCUUUGAAGUUUUCAUCUAUGAUGACCAGACCUGCAGGAACAUGGAGCGGCUACUUAAAGAAGUCUCAGAAGAGGACCACAGCGACAGCUCCUGCUUCGCCUGCAUCUUGCUGAGCCACGGCGAGGAGGGCAUGAUUUACGGCACGGACGGAGCAAUGCCCAUCAAGAGCAUGACCUCGUUCUUCAAAGGAGACAUGUGCAAGAGCCUCGUGGGCAAGCCCAAGCUCUUUUUCAUCCAGGCUUGUCGGGGUUCAGAGUUUGAUGAUGGUGUACAAACAGACUCAGGACCGCCCAAUGACACGACAGAUGCCAAUCCAAGACACAAGAUUCCGGUAGAGGCAGACUUCCUGUUUGCUUAUUCAACUGUGCCAGGUUACUACUCCUGGAGGAAUCCGGGCCGAGGCUCCUGGUUUGUCCAGGCCCUCUGUAACGUUCUUAAUGAGUUUGGCAAGCAACUUGAGAUCAUGCAGAUUCUCACUCGGGUCAACUACAUGGUGGCCACCAACUUCGAGUCCUGGUCAGAGGACCCCCGUUUUAGCGAGAAGAAACAGAUACCUUGUGUGGUGUCCAUGUUGACUAAAGAGCUCUACUUCAACUGAUCUGAGCAGACCAUCUUCACAUGCUGUGCUCCGUCUGCCUUUUCACAGCACGCACAUUUUCUUGCCAAGGACUUUAUAGUGGCACACUUUUAAUUUGUUAUCUUUUAACAGUAAAUAGUAACCAAAUUGUUAACCUUUUUUGUCAUUGAUCCGCCAUAAGGAGGGAAACCUCAGUCUAAUACUUGAGCAAAAUAAUAAAAUUUAUUGACAAUUGUGAGCGGUGCACAUUUCAGGAUGGCAGGCAGGAAAGACACAUCAGGUGUACAAAGACUGACCACUGACUGACUGAACGACUGACUUCACUCGACCAAGCGGUCACAACAUUCAGGGUUGAUCCCAGCUGGAAGUUUGUGUGCGAACGCAAUUUUUUUAUGUUAUGCUGGGCAUAUGGACUUCCUGGUCUUCCAGGAAUGGUCUUCCUUUGUGCUACUUCCUGUUCAGAUCCACUACUUUUUCAGUGAAUGUUCUUUUUCAGAGUAUUCCAGGGAAUAGUGAUGUCACUUUGUCCACUGGCAGUGUCAAAUAUCCAUGUUGCUUUGCCAACUUUGAAAGUUCUCUGCCACUUUUACUUUACUAGAUAAAACCUUUUAUUGAUCCUAAUAAAAAAUAUUUGUAAAAAAAUAAAUAGCACUUGAAAAAAGACAUCCAAUACCACACAAAACCUUUGCUAUUGUUCUGUUUUUAUAGUACUAGCAACUCAAGCAUAAAUUCUAAGCAUAUACAUGGCCAUCUGUAGCAUUUUAGUUUGGUUUGGUUUGGUUUUUCCAGAACGCUCUUCAGAGGAGGUCAAAGAAAGGGCAUGAAUGGAAAUGGAGUGGCAAAUAGUGAAGUAAUGCUGACAGCUGCAUGGUUUUAAAAGCUUUUCAUUCAUGCUGGUCGCUGGUUAGUUUGCGUUCACUGAAAAACUGAAAUCAGAUCAGCAUUCAUCCUGGGUAUUUUGAGCACACUGUAGCUUCAUGUAGUAUUUACUGAUGUUUUGUACUGAAUCCGUCUGUAAUCUACAGAGGCAGCUAUUGUUUUACUGGUGACCAUUUUAACCAUUUAUCACCCAUCUGACCUAAUGUGCUGUUUCAAACUUGAUGGAAGGUUCUGAUGCUUUCAGAGCUUGCUGUCUUUGGUUUCGUCCAACAGUUUUUCCUUUUCUUUCGGUUCUUUCUGUAUUUUUCAUUCUCAUUGUUCAUCCAGAUCACACACUGAAUCUGCCAGCCUGUGCACCAUCUGACCGCCACAAAUUAAAGGCCCUCUUUUUUUAUGCAUGGAUUAUUAGUGAAGUGCUCCAACUAUACUGUAGGAAGUGCUAGCUCCACUUUUGAAAUGGAACAUUUUUAUUUUUAAUUUUAUAUUACAUUGUUUUUUAAAUUUAAAUGCUUUACUGUGAAUAUAGGAAUGUUAAAUAGAAAUAGUUUUUUUUUUGCACAAAUGCCCUGAAAAAUUUGUUUACAUUGUGUUAACAUUACAUUGUAUAAAGUGGGGCUG